UUAUUACCAAUUAUGAAUAUAUUUCAGACCUCUAUUAUCCUCUGGUCUCCGUCCUCUGAUCUGCUGUCAGCCUCCGUUAAAGAAUAUAGCUACAAGUAGUCAAUAUCUAACCAGGAAAAUGGCUACUAAACUGUCAGAUUCUGAGAGGAACACCUUGUUAAGCCCAAUCCUUGAAAAAGGAUGGAGUAUGGUGGAAGGAAGAGAUGCUAUUUACAAGGAAUUCAUCUUUAAAGAUUUCAAUCAAUCCUGGGGGUUUAUGUCCAGGGUUGCACUUAAAGCAGAGAAAAUGGAUCAUCAUCCAGAAUGGUUUAAUGUUUAUAACAAGGUUCAGAUUACUCUGGCUACUCACGACUGCAGUGGACUAAGUACUAGAGACGUAACGUUGGCAUCAUUCAUCGAAUCGAUUCUAUAAUUUUUCUUAUUAUGCGAUUUGAAAAGUAUUUAAUAAAAAAGAUGGCUUUUA